AUGAGUUGGACUCAAGGAUCUGAUUCAGUGCUGCUCUUCUAUGACUAUGAUGCCCCUUGUCUGGCUGUGGCUGUUGUAGACAAGGACAGCUUUACUUUCCCAUCCCUGAGUGCCCUUGAAUCUCAUCUCUGUUAUGAUCUUGCUGCUGUACUGCAGUGGUUCGCACAGCGAGUGGAUCGGAUCAUCCUCCUGUUCGACGCUCACAAGCUGGAGAUCUCGGAUGAAUUCUCGGAGGCGAUCCGGGCCCUGAAGGGGAAUGAGGACAAGAUCCGAGUUGUCUUGAACAAGGCCGACCAGGUGGACACCCAGCAGCUGAUGCGGGUCUACGGGGCCCUGAUGUGGUCGCUCGGUAAAGUCAUCAACACGCCCGAGGUGAUGCGGGUCUACAUCGGCUCCUUCUGGUCCGAGCCCCUCCUCAUCUCCGAGAACCGGAAGCUGUUUGAGCUGGAGGAGCAGGAUCUGUUCCUGGAUCUGCAGAACCUGCCUCGGAAUGCUGCCCUGAGGAAGCUGAAUGAUUUGGUGAAGAGAGCCCGACUCGUGAGGGUCCAUGCCUAUAUCAUGAGCUACCUGAAGAAAGAAAUGCGAGGUGUCCUCAGGAAGGAGAAUAAAAAGAAGCAGCUGAUCUCCAAUCUGCCAGAAAUCUUCAGAAACAUCCAGCUGGAGCACCAUAUCUCGGCAGGAGAUUUUCCAGACUUUGAGAGGAUGCAGGAGCAGCUCCGGGUCCAUGACUUCUCAAAAUUCCCUUCCCUCAAGCCCAAGAUGAUGGAUGAGCUGGAUCAUAUGCUCACCUAUGAUGUCGCUAAGCUGAUGCCUUUGGUGAGACAAGAGGAGAUGGAGAUGCCAGAACAAUUGGUCCAUGGUGGUGCAUUCGAUGGGACCUCCAAUGGGCCAUUUGUCGAAGGCAUUGUGGAUGGAACCUGUGAAGCAGCAGAUGACGAUGACGAAUGGGUUGUCACGAAGGACAAGCCAAAAUAUGAUGAAAUUUUCUACAAUCUAUCACCAAUGGAUGGUAAGAUCAAUGGGGUAAAGGCGAAGAAUUGGAUGAUCACAACCAAGCUGCCAAACUCUGUACUUGGGAGGAUCUGGAAACUUUCCGAUGUCGAUAAGGAUGGAAUGCUGGAUGAUGAAGAAUUUGCCUUGGCCAAUCAUCUCAUUGAGGUGAAGCUGGAUGGCCAUGGGCUUCCCACCGUGUUACCUGGUUACCUUGUCCCUCCGUCAAAGAGGAGGCAGGUGGGAUCUGCUGAGUAACAGGCAAAGAGGAAAGGCCAUUCAUUCUUGGGGCCAAUUGAUUCGGUUUGGAGUUUGAUAAUCCCAUUGAUUGCAGCAGACUAUGUUCUGGAGACAGGAGGAGCUGUUGGGCUGAAUGGAAAUGAGGAUGGGGAGGGUUGGAUUCUUUAGCUACUGUUAAACCAAACCAGUAGGGUAAAUUAUGUCAUUUGGCCCAUCAGUGAAUUCAUCCCGUCUUGAAUUAUGCAGUGGCGCUAAUCCCAACUGUCUCCAGGGCCAUAGACUCAAAUAGUGUCUUUUGUAAAGUUGGACUCUUGUUGUUUAAAAGGCUUUACCAACUGGGUUAUAAUAUAUUAUGGUUGAAGCACAGUAUUUCAGGGGCUGAAACUGACCUUUCAUCACUAUAUAAUUGUCACUUGCACAUUGUUCUGGCUGCUUCUCAUGUAACAGCUAUUGCGUCUGGCUUCUGUAGCACCAAACAACAUCUGUCUUGCUUGUCCAAUUGCCUCAGAGUUUGCAGUAGUUAUUCAGAAAGCACUUUAACACCUAUUUUACCGUGCAUAUGCAGUCUGUGAUGCCUCACAUCUAUCCUCAGCAAAGAACAACAGCAGGCUAAAUGUAUUCACCCAUCACAAUAUCUAGUAGGCUCCAAGUAAUUUAGCUCCUCAACCCAAUCAAAGACCAUUUCAAAGAGGAAUCACUCUAGCUCCUUGUUCCUGUGGCUGUGGCAUUGUUCCAGGACCAUGAUUUGCUAUGAAAACCAAGAUUAGUUAUUUAACAAUGUGUUCAUUCCUCUCACUUGAAUACUUGAGUGUGCUAACCCCUUUGCAUAGCUCAGGAGCAUGACUUCUUUAGUGUGGAGUAAUCUCAGCCCCCUAUCACGAAGAAACACACAUUUACCAACUUAGAAUGUCUCCCUGAAAUGGAAGAUGCAGGAUAUGUUGAUGUUUGUAAAGUGCUAUGGAAAUAUCAUACGUUUAAAAGUGCUUAUACACAUUUGUAUCGAUAUUAUGAGUUAACACUGGCUCUGGUGCUUUGGAUACAGGGUUCAUCUUAAAUGCCAAUGUGUAGCAACUUGUGCAGGACUUCUGACUGUUUAUCCUUGAACUACCAAAGAGCAAAUUCAUAAAACCUUCCCCUCACAUGGGCUGGUAGAAGUGGCAUCUGCAGCUUACCCUUGAACAAACUGACCAUCCAAGAAUAUCUGUUCACUGCGUAUUUCACCUUUAUCUUGUUUGCUGUUGGCUAAUAGUCCCUCACCUCCAUUAAUUUUAUGAUUAAUAAGUAAAACUAAUUCAAAGAAAACAGUUCAACUGAGAGGGCACUGAAGGUUGAAUCAAGACCUAUAACAGACCAGAGAGUUAAGAAUUAAACACUCUGUUGGAAUGUAAAUUCUGUCAGGCCCAAAUGAACCUAUCCCCUUGUUUGAUUGAUUCAAUCUUCGGGAUCCUGCUGUCUCACCCUUUUUCAGUCCCUUGCCUGCCAGAAAUGGACUUAUUUGGCCAAAACCUUCACAAACUGUUUCCCUCGUGAUAUCAAAGUAUUACAUGGAACAAUAAUAAUAGAGCAGUGCAGCAUGGAAACAGACCCUUUGCUUCAACUCAUCAACGCCGACCAGAUAUCCUAAAUUAAUCCAGUCCUAUUUCCCUCUGAACCCUUCCUAUUCCUCAUGUCCCCAUCCAGUUGCCUUUUAAAUGUUGUAACUGUACCAGCCUCCACCACUUCCUCUGACAGCUCGUUCCAUACACGUACCACCCUCUGUGUGAAAAAGUUACCCGUCAGGUCCCUGUGAAGGCUUUCCCCUCUCACCUUAAACCAAAUUUUGGACUCCUGUACCCUGGAGAAAAGACCUGUAAUGAUCAGAUUGUCUGAAAACAUUUCGGGUGAAGACUGAGAUACUCUUGAAUUUUAGUUUUGGAGUUUCCUGGAGGACUUAUGCGCACGGCCCUUAAUUUUGUUUGCAUGGCUGUGUACACGAGAACAGCCUGUAUUCUGGGUUUCUGUGUGAUCACACAGCUUAGAGGGGAGAUUGCUGAAGAGCUCUAAAGAUAAAUUAUUAAUCUGGUUGUACUGAGGAGAAGAGAAAAAUAAUUGUUUUUCUGACUCAUACAGAAUGGAAUAUUGUCUUGGGAAUAGGAAUCCUUUCAAGCUGUCUGAAGGAAUAUUGACUCUUUGGGAUGUUGUUCUCAGACCUUUAUCAUCAUGAUGAACAGUGUUUAAAGAAUUUUUUUUAAAAAGCUGUUUUUGUUUUGGAGAUUAAUCUUCAAUUACUGGAGGCUCAGAUAUUCUUAAUGUGUUCAUCAGCUUACAUAAAAUCCUCAAGUCACACAGCAUGGAAACAGACCCUUUGGCCCAACCAGUCCACAUUCCCAAACUAAGCUAGUCCCAUCUACCUGCUCCUUGCCCAUAUCCCUCCAAACCAUUCCUAUUCAUGUACUUAUCCAAAUGUCUUUUAAAUGUUGUAACCACCACUUCCUGUGGAAAUUCACUGCACACAUGGACCACUCUGUGUAAAAAUGUUGCCCCUCUAGUCCUUCUUAACUUUCUCCUCUCACCUUAAAAAUAUGCCCCCCCCCCCAGUUUUGAACUCCCUACCUUAGAGAAAAGGCCCUAGUCAUUAACCCUGUCAAUGAUUAUUAUUUUAUAAACCUCUAUAAGGUCACCCUGCAAUGUCCUACGCUCCAGUGAACAAAAUCGCAGCCUAUCCAGAUAACUCAAAUCCUCCAUUCCUGUCAACAUUCUGAUAAACCAUAUCUUAACCCUCUCCUUGGGCUACACAUAUCAGAGCAGGCCAUUCAGCCCAACCAGUUCAUGCCAGUGCUUGUCAGCUCUGAUGAAGAGUUAUCUAGACUUGAAAUGUUAGCUUGCUGUCUCCAUGCUGUCUGACCUGCUAUGUUCUUCAGUAUUGGCUGUGUUCACACCAACGCUUAUGCUGUAUGCCAGCUUUCACCUAGCUUUUCUCAUCUAAAACUGUCAAAACCGACUAUUCCUUUCUCC